UUUCCUGCUUUAAAAAGAGAAUUGUACGCACUAGAGUGCGACUAGUUGAAAAGAUUUCAUAAAUCAUCUGCUCCAGUUCAAGCUCUUUAACUUAAGAUUGAGAUCACGAGGUCUCUGGCUAUUUGAGUCAACCGCUAAAGAGGGCCUUGAGGCUGGAGUUUUUGAAAAAGAAUUACUGACGUGUUACAAUGGAAGCUGAAAUGGAACUCGAGGCUUAUUCCAAUUUAACUCCAGUUCAAAGUUUUUUCUACGGAAAAUCAAUUUUUCUUACAGGAGUAACUGGCUUAGUAGGAAAGGUUUUAUUAGAAAAAUUGCUACGAUGCUGUCCAGGGAUCAAAAAAAUCUACCUGUUGAUAAGAUCAAAGAAAAAUUUAAGCUCUCAUGAACGAUUGGAGAAGAUUUUCAAAACUGAGCUAUUUAGUAAAGUCAAAGAAGUUUACCCACAGUUCCGCAACAGCAUUUGUAUUGUUGAAGGAGACAUAACCAAAGAUCGACUUGGGCUAACUAUUGAAGACUUCGAAAAGGUUCAAGCCAAUGUUCAAAUUGUGAUGCAUUCUGCUGCAAGCGUCCAAUUUAACGAUCCCUUAAAAAUUGCAGUUGAACACAACUUGAUUGCAACGAAAACUGUCAUGAAGUUUUGCCAUGAGCUGCCAAGAAUUGAGGUUCUUGUGCAUUUAUCUACCGCAUAUGUUAAAAGAGAAAAGGAUGGAUCCGUUCUCGAAAGCGUACCGAAGUACAAAAUAAGCCCGAAGCAACUGCUGGAUGCACUUGAAUGGAUGGAUGAUAAAUGCGAAAAUGCAGUUUCUGAUUUCUUGUUGGACGGGGAACUUACAACUUAUUUGGUCACUAAGGCGUUCGCAGAAAUGGUUAUACAAGAAGAGCAUGGUAACAUCCCUGUGGCAAUAGUGCGACCUUGCUACGUUGGUCCUACUGCUCAAGACCCAUUUCCAGGUUGGGUUGACUCCAUCCAGGGUAUCUCUGGAUUACUUCUCGCAGGGGCCAAAGGUGUUCUUCGAACUCUGAAAAGUGUUGAUGACUUGAAAUUGAACAUAAUUCCUCUUGAUUAUGUAAUUAAUUCCGUUAUUGUAGGUGCUUGGUAUGUGGGAACAGAAAGACCUGCAGACGUAUAUGUCGCAAAUUGUGUGAUGGACUAUGACAAAUUACCAUUAGCCAACAAUGACAUUCUAAGCGUUGUCCUCAAAAAAAGAGAUGAAUACCCUUUAGUGAAUAUGUUCCGAUAUCCACAUUUCACCAUUUAUUACAACGAAAUUGCCUUUCAGUUGCACGCGCUCAUUGAUCAAUGGAUACCAGCUAUGAUUGUCGAUGCCAUUUUGUUUAUAUUCACUGGACAAACAAUUUUGGUCAAGAUUUAUAAGAAAAUCAAUUUUCUGUAUGGGAUUUUCUACAGAAUUGCAAAAAACAAAUGGAUAUGUCGGCUUGAAAACUAUAAUGCAAUGAAAAAAAGAUUGUCUGAAAAGGAUUCUGAGAUAUUUUUCUUAGACACUGACAGUUUUGAUUGGCAGCAAUACAUUGAUAAUUGUUUGCAAGGAGGAAGAAAGUUUUUGGCAAGGGAAGAUCCAUCCAACAUUCCAUAUGCUAAAAAGAAAGCCAAGUGUUGGUGGAUCGUAACAACGUUGCUGAAAUAUUGUUUUAUAUUAUUUGCAUUUUAUUAUAUAUUGUCUUGUUUUGGUAUAUUAAGCAAUGCAGAAGAAAGAAUGUAUACAAUACAUAAUUAAAUAGCUAUUUUUGUUGUUUUAUAAAUAAAAAUGUUUUUUUUAUCCUG